CCCUAAAAUCUUCAUAGUGUUACAGAGAGAGCUCACAGACGAUCAUUCCAAAUGUUAUUGAAUUGUCAUAUUUUUUUUUGAAAUGGGAGCGAAAUUUAUGAUAUAAAGGAAGACAUAUUGCUCCAGUAGUUUUGAAUUUUAGUUCAAUUCAUCAUUAUAAUGAAUCAAAAUUCGAAAUGAAGAUAGUUACUUAUAAUAUUAAUGGGUUGAGACCAAGAAUAUCUCAACAUGGUUCUCUUCUUAAAUUGCUUAAUUCCCUCCAAGCUGAUAUUAUUUGCUUUCAGGAAACGAAGUUAUCAAGAGAGGAAUUUACUGCAGAUUUAGUUAUGGCUGAGGGAUAUGAAUCUUUUUUUUCUUGUACUUCUACUACGGGUAUAGGUCGUACUGGUUACUCCGGUGUUGCUACAUUUUGUCGAGUAAAUUCAGCAUUUUCAAGCAAGGAAGUGGCGUUACCAGUUGCAGCAGAAGAAGGGUUUACAGGUCUUUUAGAACAGUCUCGAAAGCGGUUGAGUGCAAUAAAAAAGAAUUUGCCACUUGAAGUGCCAGCAGAGUUGGAGUGUUUAGAGGGAAUAUCAAAGGACGAACUUCUUGAGGUUGAUAGUGAGGGACGUUGUGUUAUCACAGAUCAUGGCCAUUUUGUUCUUUUCAAUAUAUAUGGACCUCGAGCUGAUCACGGUGAUAAAGAAAGAACACAAUUUAAGCUAACAUUUUACAAUAUAUUACAGAAAAGAUGGGAAGCUUUGUUAAGUCAAGGAAAGAGGGUAAUUAUUGUUGGUGAUCUUAAUAUUGCUCCUUCUGCUAUAGAUCGUUGCGAUGCAGACCCGAAAUUUGAGGAGAACCAGUUUCGAAAAUGGCUCAGAUCUUUACUAGUGGCAAAUGGAGGACCUUUUUAUGACGUAUUCAGAUCAAAGCACCCUGAUCGGACAGAAGCGUACACGUGCUGGUCAACCCAAACUGGGGCUGAACAAUUCAAUUAUGGUUCAAGAAUCGACCAUAUUCUUAUUGCUGGUUCAUGCUUACAUCAAGAUGAGAAAAUGGAAGGACACAACAUAAUAUAUUGCCACGUUACUGAGUGUGACAUUAUGACUCAGUUUAAAAGGUGGAAGCCCGAGAAUGCUUCUAGCCACAGGUGGAAAGGAGGGAGAAACAUCAAGUUGGAAGGUUCUGACCAUGCUCCUGUUUAUGUUAGUUUUGGGGAAUUGCCUGAUCUUCCUGAGCACAACACCCCAUCCUUAGCUGCAAGAUAUGUUCCCAGAAUCCGUGGUUUCCAGCAAACAAUUGUGACAUUGCUUUCAAAAAGACAAGUAGCUGCUGAAAUCAAGAAUCAUGGAGUUUCACAGCUAUCAUAUGACGAUGUUAACUUGAAAAGUUGUGGCAAUAAUUCUAAAAGAUCGUUAGAUGAUUGCAGUGUUUCAGGCUCAACGUCUAUCAGGAAUCUUCCUAGUUCGAACCAAAAGUGUGAUGAUUUCACUCCAAGCAUAAGUAAACAUAUAGGUGGUACUUCUGUUGAAGCUGAAGAAGAGACAGUUACAGGUGGAGCCUGGACAAAGUUGAAUCCACUACCACCCAACAAGAUGAAAACUAGUAAAAAAGCCAGAGGUGGAGAUUCUUCUCAGCGCACCUUGAGUUCAUAUUUUAUAAAAAAGCCUAAUUUGAGUGUCGUAGUUGAUCAUGCAAAAUCAGAUGUUUUACCUGGUCAAGAAAAUGCUGCAGUCGGGCAGAAUGGUUCUUAUCUUUUAAGUGAUGAAGUGAAUUCUCCUAAUGGAACCUUUGUGGAUAACGAAGAGAAUAAAAGUUUCCCGAAUAGUCAGCUGGACUUAACUCCAUCUAUAAGCGAUGCCGAUGCCUGCUCUUCUUCCCAAAAGGAGAAAUCUGAUGUUGCAUUGUCUGAGUGGCAAAGGAUACAACAGCUCAUGGAUAAGCAUAAGCAGGUACCACUCUGCAAGGGCCACAAAGAACCUUGUGUUCCUAGGGUGGUGAAGAAACCAGGUCCAAACCUAGGGCGCAAGUUUUAUGUCUGCUGCCGUGCUGAGGGGCCUUCAUCUAAUCCAGAAACAAAUUGUGGGUACUUUGAAUGGGCAGCUUCAAAAUCUAGGAAGAAAUGAAGAUGAUUGAUACACGAUUCACUGGUAAACCAUUAGCUAACUAAAAAAGGGUAUGUGAAAUGAUUUUUCCAACCCUAUGUUUAGAAUUUUAUCCACCUAAGGGAAUGCUGCUGUUGAAUGAAUGUACAGGGUGUCACUUGUUUUGGUCUUUUAGAGCAUCCACAGUGGGCGAGGAAGACUAAAAAUUUGGGUUGAUUUUCUAACGCAGCGGGACGGAGUAAAGAUCAAAACCCAGCCCACGAUCAAAACCCAGACCAUAUUUAGUCGCGACCAAAUCCCAAAUCCUAAUAUAGUCGGGCGUAAAUUUAAAAU